AGCCAGCUCAGACCCAGAGAGAGCGCUGGCCAGAACAGAUGGUGCAUGGAGUUUCUCUAGCACCUUCCCACCUGCUACACAGCUCUGCAUUAACUACCUCUUUACCCACUACUGCUGGCACUCUUUAACCGGCACCCUUUUUAUUUUAUUAUAGAAGCAUUGCGACAUUUUUAUAUAAAAUAAGGAUUUAGCGAAAGAAAGAGAAUAUUUUUUUUGUAUCUGUUUUGUAUCUAUUCCCUGGAGUUAGAGGGGCAGCCUGCGAAGAUUUGGAUGUUUUUUUUAUAAGGGCUGGUGAAUUUGCCUGUGACCAUGCACACCGUGCAAAAAGACACAACUUUCACCAAGAUUUUUGUAGGGGGUCUCCCGUAUCACACAACGGAUGCCUCCCUCAGUAAAUAUUUUGAGGUUUUUGGGGAUAUUGACGAGGCGGUGGUCAUUACGGACAGACAGACGGCAAAGUCGAGGGGAUACGGCUUUGUGACUAUGUCAGACCGAGCUGCCGCAGAAAGAGCAUGCAAAGACCCAAACCCCAUUAUUGAUGGCCGCAAAGCUAACGUCAACCUUGCGUACUUAGGAGCCAAGCCAAGGAACCUGCAGAGCGCAUUUACUAUAGGAGUCCAGCAGUUACACCCAGCCUUCAUCCAGCGACCAUUUGGGCUGACACCACAGUAUAUCUACCCACCCACCAUCGUCCAGCCAAGCAUGGUCAUCCCAACGCCGAUCCCUUCCCUGCAGUCUCCAUAUAUUGACUACAAUGCUGCUACUCAAGCCUACACCCAUUACACCACUGCGGCCUAUGAACAGUAUCCCUAUGCAGCCUCGCCGGCCACCGGAUACAUGGGCUAUGGAUAUACUAGCCCAGUCCAACAGCCACUUUCCACCACCACCGGAGCUCCUCCCACAGCGUACAUCCAAUACCAGCCUCAACAGCUCCAGCCUGACCGGAUGCAGUAAAAAGCUCAGACACUAGAUUCCUCGUUGCCCCUAGCCAUGGAUGGGGAGAAAUGUAACAACAAUAAUAAUACCAGAUGGGAAAGUGUUGCUAAUAACACAGUAAGAAAAUGCUGCAGUCAAGUUCUGUGGAUCCCAGCUUUCAGUUCUGUUUCAGGCAAUAUCAAGGUCAUGGAUUUCUUUGGCGGAUUCCAGGCAAGAGGAGAAGCUUGUUGGCUGCAGAAGAAUAAAACUGGGCGCCACUAACUCUUUGCCUCAACUCUGCAAAAAAUUCAAUAAAAACUUUCAAAAAAAAACACAAGGAUCUUUAUAAGGUACUCUGAACACCGAAAUCAUCAAUAUUAUUAUUAUUUUGGGGACGGGGAUAAAAACUGAUACUCAGCGAUGCCUUAAAGAAAUAACUUCUUUUUUUUUUUUUGAAUAUUUAUU